GGCAUGCAAUCGCUAAGACAUUGAAGAAUGAAAAUGAAAGUGUUUGUUUAUUGUAUACAUGCAUAAGGAGACUUUUGAGAUGACUGAAGAUAAAUCUAUUGGGUUUGAGAAUCCGGCUUUUGACCGAGGCCCCACUGACCUAGAAAAUAAUUCAGAAACGGAGCAAUAUUCAAAUACUCAACUUUCAAAACCCGUUGAACGUUCUCAAUGGGGAAACGGUAACGAAUUCCUGAUGUCGUGCAUUGCAAUGUCAAUUGGGUUGGGAAAUAUUUGGAGGUUUCCCUUUAUCGCUAACAAAAAUGGCGGAGGAGCAUUUCUGAUACCGUAUCUCAUAACUUUAACCGUGAUUGGAAGACCGAUGUAUUAUUUGGAGAUGAUUCUUGGCCAGUUUUCUAGUAGAGGAUCGAUUAAAGAUGUACAGCAAGCUGUCACCUGUACUAAAAGGUAUAGGCUACGGGCAAAUUUUAGGAACAUUUUUUUGUGCUUCCUAUUACGCAGUCAUAACAGCAAUAACACUGGUGUAUUUUUUCAACUCAUUUACUUCGAGUUUCCCAUGGGCUACCUGUCAAGACCGAUGGCAGGAUUAUUUGUAUUCUAGGAAUAUAACCUGCGUGGAUCAACUUAGCAACGGGACUGAUACAAAAAAUGGUACUAUAACGUCUUCAGAGAUGUAUUUUAGGAGAGAUGUUUUAGAAGAAACCGACGACAUAUCUGACGGCAUUGGAUUGCCAAACUGGAGACUUGCUCUUCUACUACUCUUCACUUGGACCAUAACAUUCCUCGUAUCAGUUAAAGGAGUAAAAAGUUCCGGAAAAGCGUCGUAUUUUCUAGCUAUAUUUCCCUACGUGAUUAUGAUAAUCUUGUUCAUAAGAUCGGUCACUUUGGACGGAGCUGUUGAUGGAAUGCUUUAUUUUAUCAAAGCUGAUUUUAGCAAACUUCUAAAAGCAGAGGUAUGGUACGCAGCUGUGACACAAUGUUUCUUCUCCUUGGGGGUUAGUUUUGGACAAAUUAUAACUUUUUCUUCAUACAACAAAUUCGAUCAUGAUAUUAACAGGGAUGCAUUUAUUAUUACCACAUUGGACACUUUUACCUCGCUACUAUCAGGUUUUACCAUAUUUGGCAUUCUCGGUAACUUGGCACAUGAAUUGAAUGUACCUCCGAGCGAAGUUAUAUCGAAAGGCGGCGGUACUGGUUUGGCAUUUGUGUCAUAUCCUGAUGCUAUUUCCAAAUUUACCUUUGUACCUUGGGCGUUUUCCAUAACAUUUUUCUUUAUGCUUUUCGUUUUGGGCAUUGGAACCUUAGUAGCUGCUCAUGCCACCGUUAUAACAUCCAUUAAAGAUGCCUUAAUAAACAUUCCUGAUUGGAUCAUAGCUUCUGUUACUGCUUUUGCCUUGUUUAGCCUUGGACUACUCUAUACUACCUCGGGUGGUCAGUAUGUGUUAGAUUUAGUGGACCAUUUUGGAGGUACUUUUGUUGUAUUUAUAUGCGCCAUAUUGGAAACAUUGACGAUAACAUUUCUAUAUGGAAUUAAUAACUUAUGUAUGGAUGUGGAAUUUAUGACCAAACGAGAAGUUGGAAUUUACUGGAGAAUAACUUGGGGUCUAGCGAUGCCAAUUUUUUUAAUUGCCAUAUUAUUUAUUUCGUCGGAACCUUGAAACCUAUGGUGUAUGGUAUCUACAGCCUCUCGUAUCCUUUGGGUCUGACAGUUAUGGGAUGGAGUCUGAUAGGCCUGGUUGUACUACAAAUGAUAUUUUGGCUUCUGUAUUAUAUGUACAAACACAAAAACUUCAAUAUCAAACAAAUGAUUUCCAAUACAUUCUCAACAAGUGCAUGGGAGCCUGAUGAUCCGAAAGUGAAGGAGGAUUGGAAAAAAUACAGACAAGAUGCAGCAAUCAGCAACACAUUAAAAAGGCGAUCGUGGUUUAGAAGAAAAUUGAAGACAAUUACCGGACUUUAGGAUAAUUGUAUGUUUAACUGUGAUAUUAUUUAAUGUU